AUGGCUUUGAGGACGCAAGCGGCAAAGGACGGGUUCAAGUUUGCCAAGGGUCGGAAGGGAGGAGAUGUGGGAGCUAAGAAUGGUAAGAUCCAUGUACGUGGACGUUCGGUACCGCACAAGGCCGGCGUGAACGCUUACCAGGCGGCUGCGGCGCUGAUUAAGGGCUCUCGGCCGCCAGCGCCCAGUCUUAAGGAACACUUAUACUUCGAAAAUCUCGCCGCUGUCGAGUACACACCGAUUAAAUUACAUUUGGACUUGAUCGAGCAGUAUCUCAGUGGCGUGGAAAAGUCCUUCGAAAAACAACAAAACCGCUCAGACGUUGAACUCGCUCGUAAAGUUGAACAGGGGCUUAAAGAAUUGGCCACUGAGGAACCUGAGGACGCCUCGGGCGCAGCUGCCGACACGAAAGGCGAAGACGAGGCAGCACUUCAGCGCACCAAAAUGGCAGAGAAGCUAGUUAGGAAAAUCACCAACGAGCACAAGCCCGUAGUGUCGCUGGCGCCCAAAUCAGGCAACUUCCAGUACUUCUCGCAAGCGGUGCAGAUGCUGAACUCACGCCAGACCAUCUGCUUCUGCAUCGACGUCGAGGCCUACGAGCAGCAGACCAACAUCGUCACAGAGAUCGGCAUUUGCAUCUUCGAUCCACGCGAAAACGUACUCUCCACGGUGCCGAACUUCCGCACCUACCACCUGCUCGUGGGCGAGUCUCUGCACCUCCGGAACGGCAGAUUUGUAUGCGAUCUGAAGGACUGCUUUCUGCUCGGCGAGAGUAUGGUCAUGUCGCUGGAGGAGUGCGCAAAGUUCAUUCAGAGUCUCAUGGACUUCUACAUGCUACCGUGCUCCGACGCAGAGAGAAGUUGGCACCGCGCUUUCGUGGGCCAUAACGUGAAAGGCGAUUUGCGUUGGCUAGCAAACAUCGGAGUCUCGCUGCCGAAGCAUUGCGACUCAGGGCGUCCGCUUACUGCGCGUGAUCGUGGUUCUGCAGCCGUGCUCGACACAGAAAAGCUUUACCGGUUUAGCUACGGAAGCAAAGGAUCGAGUCUGGGCAAAAUUCUAAGGCUGCUCGAGAUCCCACAUGCGUUUUUACACAACGCCGGCAACGAUGCGUACUUCACACUCAAGCUCUUGUUGCACAUGUGCGACAUCAACUUCCGGAAGCGCGCACGAUUGGACAAUUUCUACGCCGUCGCUGAUAAGAUAACCACCUGGGAAGAGCGCGAAAAAACUGAAGCCAAAAUCGUGCCCAUGUCUUUCCAGAAGGCGCUCGCCGAGUUUUCCAACGCGAAAAUCGUUAAAAGAAGGACCGUUUCUCAGACCGAGUUUGGCGGCUGUAGAUGGAUUGAUUCCGCCGCCGAAGCCUUAAGCCUCUGCAGUGAGGAUUAG